GCAGGAAGUAUCAAUCGUAUCCAUUAGUGUUGUGGUCCAUGUAGAUAAGACUUAAGUUGUCAUAACAGUAGGCACGCAUCACGUAUGAGUCAUGUCGAAAUACUUCUUCCCUCCCUUCUCUCCCCUCUUCCCUCUCUUCUCCCCGCCUCAUCUCGCCGUGGAAUGAUACAAGAAAGCGUCAAUAAAACGGCUCGCCCGGUGCUGCCUCUGCUCAGAGAGAGAGGACAACACCGCAGCGUCUGUACGAGCCUUUUACACCAACGGGCUCGUGUGUGUGCCUGAGCCGUUCAUUAAGCCUUCGAGGUCGGCUUGUGCUCUGAGCUUCUACCGCUGACUGAAUUCACCGCCUCAGGGCUAACACUUCGAACCGGCAAUGGGCUCCUCUUGGGUACUGGUACACGUUGUUGUGUCUCUCUUGGUUCUGCUAGGUUCGGCGGCCAAGGAUGAGCACAACAUUGGACAACGUGAGAUGUCCUUUGACACCAUCAUGCAAGAGAUGCAGUCACCAGAUACAUUUGUGAUGCAGCAAGAGGCAGACCUGACUGAUCUCAUUGAUCCAAAGGAGUUCGUCAUAGAGCAGGAGCCAGAUAUGUUGGACACCCCAAGAGGGAGAGGUUCCAGGCCAGGAGCCAUGUCACCUCGAAGACGUCACCCAGGUUUUGGCCCCCGUUCUCACCCACCCGUGCUGGACUAUCACGUUCAGUUCCCCCUCGGCCGGCCCACCUCCGACAAUCUGGAAGCCCUCUGUCUCCAUGGAGACCUUCGUCCUCGCUACCCCAACUCGUUCUUUCCCAGCUCAGGAUUUGGCCAGCAGCGGCGCAGGGCGAGUGCUGUCAAUAACGCAGAGGCGUGGUUUGGCACAUGCUGCAAAGACAACCAGACGUGGGGAAGGGAGGUGACUCUGUGCUGCGCCACGCAGGCGUGGGAGCUGUCCUUGGAAACAUUCUGCGAGGAGGAUUCAUCCGUGAAGGAUCGACUUUAUCACUGCUGCAGACAGACAGGCAUCGAGAGGCUCCUCUGUUUCCAAAACGACGCUCAGAAUCCCAGCUACGAGCCAACAGAGGCGUUGCCUGUGGUCCCGCUUCCCGCAACAUUUGACUUCAGCUUUGACAGAAACACUUGUCACAGCACUCAGCAGAGCGUCAGCGGAAGCAGAGAAACACAGCCGUCUACUUCUCAGAAAAGUGAUAUCAACUUUCCCCCUGGCCGCCCCAAUGAGGAUAACGUGGAAGGGCUGUGUCGCAACCAGAAGCUGCGACCUCUGUUCAGCCUCAAGUGCCUCCCCAAUACCGGCUACGAGAUGGUGGCUCGUCAAGCCAAGAUGAUUAAUCGCGUGGAGAAGGGAUUCAAACAGUGCUGCAAGAAGAAGCAGGAUGUCGUCGCGUGUGCUGAGCAUAAGUGGCGUGCUGAGCUCAACAGGUUUUGCUCCAGUAAGAAGGGCGGUAAGGCUGAUCACCACUGUUGUCGUGGCGUCAGCGCCGGCGAUCGCUUCCACUGUUUCCAAUCAACGUCUCCCGACCCACAAUACAACAUGACCUUGUCCUCCGAAGAGCUCGCUCCUAAAGUCUGUAAGGCGCGCAAGAUCAUCAAGAAAGUGUUACCUCUUGACUUUCCCGUCCAAUACAUUCUGAACGAGUGCUGCGCCCUGGCACCACAAAACCAAAACUCUUGCUUUUUUCAGAAGGUUGAGGGAACGUCCAACAGGAUGUGUUCCAGCAGGAUGCGGCUGGCGUCCCCGUCAGCCGCCCGCCACAAGGAUCCUAUGGAGGUGCCAAAGUGCAUCACCGACUUUGUCAUGGAUGUCAUCACCAAGUCAACCAAAGUCUCCAACCAGAAGAAGAAUAAAAGGUGUCCUAUUUAAACAUCUACGAGCUACCAGCAGCUAACACUUGCAAUCAAUGCACAGAACGUAUUCAUCUUGCACAAAUACCACUUUUUAACACGUGGGCCAAAUUUGUGCUUCGUCUACUGCCAGUAUUAUUUGUAUCUUUUAUAUAGCAUCUCACACACACACACACGCAUGUUCCAUACUAAAUAAACUUUAAAAGUUUUUAAUGCUUACUUUAUAAACCAGACUGAUGUCUGUGUCACUGUACCACUAUUUUUUUUAAAGGGUGCUUUUUGGUUGAUUCCUUUUCUUCAAUCUUGUCAAGAUCACACGCAAAAUUGUUGGAAUAAAGUUUUUAAAAUUUU